AUGGAUGAAAUGACCGCCGCUGAAAUAAAGGAAAGCUUGACACGUGGAAGGACAGACGCAGUUCACCAUUUGAAAACAGUACACUUGAACGAAAAUCACCGAAUUUGCAAGCAAAACGGCUACCCGGUUAGGGUUGGUGACGAUGGAUAUGAUGAGAUUCAGACCCGAAAAGAGCUCACGGCAUAA